CGAAAAUGGCAUUCUACAAAUCAUUCUCUCUCACCGCCGCCCUCCUCGUCGGCCUCUUCUCCUUCUCCGUCGCCCAAAUACUCACCUAUCCACCGCCGCCGCCGCAAUCUCAAUCCCUAGCCAACGCUGUCGACACUCUCUCCGACUCCGGCUACUUCGCCAUGUCUCUCACUAUUGAGCUCAUUGCGGAAACUCUCAUCCACUCCACCUCCUCAUCCGCCGAUGAUACGAUCGCCGCUCUCACCAUCUUCUCGCCGCCGGACUCCGUCUUCGCCGCCGUCGGCCAGCCGUCGCUGCGUCAUCUCGUCCUCCACUUCUCCCCUCUCGCCCUCUCCAUCUCCGCCCUCCGUUCCCUCCCUCUAGGCUCCGAAAUCCCCAAUCUCUCCCCCUCCAGUUCCCUCUACAUUACCGCUUCGUCCUCCUCCGACGACCAUUAUCAAAUCUCCAUCAACGGCGUCAACAUCUCCACCUCGCCAAUAUUCGACGAUGGCUCUGUAAUCGUGUUCACCGUCGAUGAUUUCUUCGCCGCCAAUUUCACACCGCCAGUGCCCGCUCCAAUCAACCCUAGCUCUGUCAAUAUAUUCGACUGCAAAUUGCGCCCAUUUUCGAUGCUAAAUGAGGCCUCCGCGGUGCUGAAAUCGAGGGGGUAUUCAAUAAUGGCGUCAUUCCUGGAUUUGCAGUUAUUCGGAUUUAUGAGCACUUCACCUAUUAAACUCACUGUUUUUGCUCCGGUAGACGGGGCAUUGAUCCAGUUCUCCGGCGAUGUAAUGGUGUAUCAGUCAGUGUUGAUGAGACACGUGCUGCCAUGCGCUUUGAAUUGGACAGAGCUGAAUGAGAUUGGGCAGGGUAGUGGAGCAGCUUUCCAGGACUAUGUGAAGCAGUUUAGCAUGAAUGUAAGAAGUGCUAAUAGCGAGGUUUUCGUGAAUGGGAUUCGAAUUUCAAUUCCAGAUAUGUAUCAUAAUGACUGGGUUGUGAUUCAUGGACUGAAUGAGAUGAUUCCCCUGCCAGAUGAGUUCGAAAUCAGAAAAGAAUUUACUUUGAUAAAUAGGAGUUACAUGGAGGUUUCUCCUUCCUCGGAUCACAGAGAAUUUUGAGUUUCUGUAAGGCUUUUGCUU